AUGGCUGCUUCUCUGAGACAGAGGCUUCUGCGUGUGCUGUGUUGCGGGGCGCCUCCCCGGGCGUCCUCCGGGGGCGACCCGGGUCACGGGGGCGGCGCGGAGGCCGAGGAAGCGCUCCUGAUGGAGGGAUUUCUGUGGUGGUUCAUCAUACACAACAAUCAGCUUCUCUACAAGAAGAGGUUUAAGCGUGACUUCACGGUACUGGCGGAAGACCUGCAGCGCUGUUCGGUCCAGAGCUGUGAGGACGCCGGGCGACGCUUCUGCUUCCGUGUGGUCACCCCCACAAGGAGCUGUACGUUCCAGGCCGACUGUGAGGCAGGUAGACGGGCGUGGAUCAGCGCCAUUCAGAACCUGACUGAGAGAGAAGAAGAAACAGUCGAGAGCGAGGUGUUAUUUACCACAUUAAUGCUGUGCUUCCACACCAGCACAUUUCCUCUACAUAGGGAUGGCAGCUUAGAGGUACUGCAUGCCGUGCCUGUGUGA